AUGAGUGGAAACAACCAAACUAUCAUCUCCCAGUUCCUUCUCCUGGGCCUGACCAUCCCCCCAGAGCACCAGCACCUGUUCUAUGUCCUGUUCCUGGCCAUGUACCUCACCACAGUCCUGGGUAACCUCAUCAUCAUCAUCCUCGUUCUACUGGACUCCAAUCUCCACACACCCAUGUACUUGUUUCUCAGCAACUUGUCCUUCUCUGACCUCUGCUUUUCCUCUGUCACAAUGCCAAAAUUGCUGCAGGACAUGCAGAGCCAAGUUCCAUCCAUUCCCUAUGCAGGUUGCCUGACACAAAUGUAUUUUUUAAUGUUUUUUGGAGAUAUGGAGAGUUUCCUUCUUGUGGUCAUGGCCUAUGAUCGCUAUGUGGCCAUCUGUUUUCCCCUUCAUUACAUCAGCAUCAUGAGCCCCAGGCUCUGUGCUUGUCUGUUGUUGCCACUUUGGAUGUUGGCCACAUCCAAUGCAAUGAUGCACACUCUGCUCAUGGCUAGAUUAUCUUUUUGUGAGAACAAUGUGAUCCCCCACUUUUUUUGUGACUCAUUGGCUCUCUUGAAGCUGGCAUGCACAGAUACCUACAUUAACGACUUAAUGAUAUUUAUCAUGAGUGGUUUCAUUGGUGUUGCACCAUUACUACUCAUUGUUAUGUCCUAUGCAAGGAUUAUCUUUUCUAUUGUCAAGGUUCAUUCAACCCAAGGCAUUCACAAACUUUUCUCCACAUGCGGUUCCCACCUGUCGGUGGUGACUCUGUUCUAUGGGACAGUUAUUGGUGUUUACGUAUGUCCAUCAGCUGAUAACUCUACAGUGAAAGAGACUACCAUGGCUAUGAUGUACACAGUGGUGACUCCCAUGCUGAACCCCUUCAUCUACAGCCUGAGAAACAAAGACAUAAAAAGGGCUCUGAUAAAAUUUAUCUGCAUUAAGAAAAUCUCUUAA